AUGGUGCUGCCACUCCUGAUCCUGUUGGCCUUAUCUCUGCCCUUUGGGGCCGUCAUGGUGAUCAAAGGGGGCACAGAGUCCACAGCACACUCCCGGCACUACAUGGCAUCCAUAACAGUCAUUGAGAAUAACCAUAUUUGGAAGGCAUGUGGGGUUUUUCUAGUCCAGGAAGACUCUAUGCUGACAGUGGCUCAUUGUUACAAAAGCUCAGCUGAACGCCUCUGUGCAGACCAUUGGCCUACUGCAGAGUCAGUACAUGUUGAGACCAGAGCAGGAGUCCAGUAUGACAGGCUGAGCAAUAACGAGCAGUGCCUGGUUGUCAGCCACACUCCAGGAGGUAGACUGGAAGUGGAGGAGAAGCAGACAUGCGAAAAGGUGGUUGUCAUCCUGGGAGCUCACAAUUUCACAAGAAAUGAACCCACUAUGCAGACCAUUCUUGUGAUUCAAGCCGUCCCUCACCCUGAGUAUGACCCUGAUUCAGUUUUCAGUGACAUCAUGGUACUGAAGCUGAAACGCAAGGCACGACCGAACAGGGCUGUGAAGAUGAUUUCCCUACCAAGGAGCCACGACUGGGUGAAGCCAGGGCAGGUGUGCAGUGUGGCAGGCUGGGGAAAAACAGAAAAUGACAAGUUUCCAAACAUACUUCAGGAAGUAGAACUGGAAGUACAGGAAAAGAAGAUGUGUGAGCAAUUAUUCUCACCCUAUGAUGACGCCACUCAGCUCUGUGUGGGGAACCCUCUGUACCUUAAGAAUGCAGAAAUGGGUGACUCCAGUGCACCCCUGGUGUGUAACAAUGUGGCCCAGGGCACUGUUAGCAAUGGAUUUAAAAACUGUUCACCUGGAGUCUUCGCAAGAAUAUCCAGCUUUGUUUCCUGGAUCCACAAAAUAGUGAAUGCAUCCUAG